AUGAACGAUGCCGAAGACCCAUAUGAUUGGUAUUACCAUAACCAGAAAGAGAACAAGCCGGAAAAUGAACUGAAAAAAACCAUCAACGAUUUGAAUUCAGCGUCUGCACAAGAAACCUACCAAAGAAGUCUACCUAAAGAGGUGUACCCUGAACUAAAACCAAUUCCGAAUAAUACGGCUAGCGCGAAUGGUGUGAGAAGGCAGAUCGAAGCCUAUGAUGUUGAAAAGGAAGAUAAAACGAGCAAGAAGAGAAACGCCAUUAGAACGCGCUUACAAGUAAUUAAUCCACCCAGAUAG